AUGGAUGAAGAAUAUGACGUAAUCGUAUUGGGUACUGGUCUGAAGGAAUGUGUGCUCAGUUGUCUCUUAUCAAUGAAUGGUCGCAAGGUACUGCAUAUGGAUAGAAACAAAUAUUAUGGUGGAGAGAAUGCAUCAUUGACUCUUUCUGAACUAUAUGAAAAAUUUGGUUUAAAGGCAGAAGAUGUACCUGAAUCUUUUGGCCGCCAGAAAGACUGGAAUGUUGAUCUAAUCCCUAAAUUUUUCAUGGCUAAUGGCAAGCUAGUCAAAUUACUAAUACACAGUGGUGUUACUAAGUUUUUCGAAUUCAAAUCUGUAGAUGGUAGUUAUGUUUACAAAAAAGGUUAUAACAUUCAUAAGGUUCCAGCUGAUGGACAAGAAGCUUUGGCUACAAGUUUAAUGGGAUUCUUUGAAAAGCGCCGAUACCGUAAUUUUUUGAAUGAUGUUGCUGCUUUUGAAAUUGGUAAUCCCAAAACUUAUAAUGGUAUUGACCCAAAUACAACCACAAUGCAAGAUUUGUACCGCAAAUAUGGCUUGGAUGAUAAUACUGCAGAUUUCACUGGUCAUGCACUGGCACUGCAUAGAGAUGACAGCUACAAACAAGAAAAUGUUUUAGACACAAUAGAGCGAAUUCAACUGUACGAUUCAUCUCAGAAACAUUAUGGCAAAUCUCCAUAUUUGUACCCACUGUAUGGACUGGGAAAACUUCCAGAAGGCUUUGCAAGGCUAUCAGCUAUAUAUGGAGGCACCCAUAUGCUUGACAAACGAAUUGACGCUAUUGAAUAUGAUGACAAUGGUGAGGUUUGUGGUGUCACAUCUGAAGGUGAAACUUUCAAGUGUAAAACUGUUGUGUGUGAUCCCACAUAUGGAAGAGAUAAGGUCAAGAAAGUAGCUCAAGUAGUACGUGCUAUUUGCAUCAUGACUCAUCCUAUACCACGUACAAAUGAUAACGCCUCAUGUCAAAUCAUCAUUCCACAAAAUCAAGUGAGUAGGAAAUCAGAUAUCUAUGUGAGUUGUGUAUCUAGCACUCAUUGCAUAGCAACUUAUGGUUUUUAUGUCGCAACGGUAUCCACCACUGUUGAGACUGACAACCCAGAAGCUGAAUUACAACCAGGUCUUGAUUUACUUGGCCCAAUAGAACAGAAGUUUGUGUAUGUAGCUGACAUAUAUGUACCUAUUGAUGAUGGUAAAAAGUCUAAGGUAUUUGUGACCACAUCUUACGAUGCUACAACUCACUUUGAAACCACGUGUAAUGAUAUCCUGGAUGUAUGGACACGAAUGACUGGUGAAGUAUUUGAGUUUAACAAGAUUCAGACUUCAGAGGAAAAUUAGUACAACGUCUCAAAUCUGAAAGUCAAAUCUCCUUUUCGCUAAGUUUAUGUCUCUCAUUCUUAUCCAAUAAAAAUAUUGCUUGCAGAACAUUGUUAAAAUC